AGUGACUUCUUCAGUCAAGUAACCCGACCCGUGACCCAUUAACCCUACUCCAUCCAACGGUCCGAUACCAAUCUCACACACAAAGUUACGGUCUUUCCUCCUACACUAUAUAAAAACCCCAUUUGUACUUGUUCCUCAUUGAAUCAAAAACCCCUUUCCAAGUUUUCCAAUUUUCCACUGAACAAACCCGUUCAACCAAAUUUCUCCAUGGAUCCUCAGCAACGUAGAACUGAAACCCGUCACCGUCCUCCCGUCGGUGAACCCGGAGGCGACGUGUCUUCGAUUUUCAUUGCGUUUGGUGUUUUCAUCGCCAUCGCCGCUUUGGUUAUGUUUCCUUCAUCGUUGGUGCACCAAGUUCCUGAAGGUUACGUUGGAGCGUAUUGGAGAGGUGGUGCUCUUCUGAACAUCAUUACAGAGCCUGGUUUUCAACUGAAGCUCCCUUUCAUUACUAACUACGAGCCUGUUCAAGUUACUCUCCAAACAGAUCAAGUGAAGGAUAUACCAUGUGGUACCAAAGGAGGUGUCAUGAUUACCUUUGAGAAGAUAGAAGUUGUUAAUCGACUGCGUAAGGAUUAUGUCUAUGACACUUUGCUCAACUAUGGUGUGGACUAUGACAACACAUGGAUAUAUGAUAAGAUUCACCAUGAGAUCAACCAGUUUUGCAGCUCCUAUUCGCUUCAGCAAGUCUACAUUGACAUCUUUGACCAGAUUGAUGAGCGAAUGAAAGAGGCUCUUCAGGCUGAUUGCACACGUUAUGCUCCAGGAAUUGAGAUUAUUAGCGUGCGUGUCACAAAGCCGAAGAUCCCAGAGAGUGUGAGGCGCAACUUUGAGCAAAUGGAAGAGGAACGUACUAAGGUCUUGAUUGCUAUUGAGAAAUAAAGAGUUGCUGAGAAAGAGGCAGAUACAAAGAAAAUAAUGGCCAUUAGUGAAGCCGAGAAGAACGCCAAUGUUAGCAAGAUUCUAAUGCAACAGAAGCUGACUGAGAAAGACAGUUCAAGGAGAGAGCAGAUGUAUCUGGAUCGUCAAAAGAGUCUUGCGGAUGCAGAUUACUACCGUGUACUGAGAGAAGCUGAAGCAAACAAGUUGAAGCUCACUCCUGAAUUUCUCGAACUAAAGUUCAUCGAUGCCAUUGCUCGUAACACCAAAAUGUUCUUCGGGGAUAAGGUACCUAACAUGGUGUUGGAUCAAAGGCUGCUUGGGAAUUUCCUGAAUCAUUCGACAAAAGACAAAUUUAACGAUGGAAACUUGGAUAUGGCCACUGAUUCAUAGAACAUGUCACUCCUUAAAAACGAAAAAAAAAAACUCUUUUUGUUAUCGCAUAACCUAGUAGUGAAAUUUGGACGCUUAUCUUGUUGUGGAGAUCAUUUUACUGCAACUCUCUCUCCUAAUUGGGACUAAAGCUUGUUCGUAUUAUAAUUUAACCUAUUUAUCAGAUUCA